UACAAUCUAUGUCCCUUCAGGUACGGAAAGGACAAUGUCAGAUGACAGAUUUAUCAACACUAUACCUAUAGAAUGGAGAGGAUUGUUCCAAUCUGCCAUGAAAUCCAAUAAUACUGUUCUAAACAGGAUGAAUGCAUGGUAUGAAGAACAAUGGUCAUCUAAGUAUGGAGGACUAUUGCUAUGGACUGAUCUUAUACAGAGUUUGUUGGCAGAAGAACCCUUCAUCAUGGAAGGAGAACUUGUAUUUGUCACAAGAUACAGCCAACUACCAGGAUUUCUACAACAAGGUUUCCUGUCCUUUAUAUUGCAUCAUAGACAAUGUAUUCCAAAGUCCAGUCUGAAUUGUUUUCUGGAAGGAAUAAGGAAUUCUAUGCAAGUGGACUCCUGGGUUGAAGUUCUGUACAGAAUGUUACAAGCAUACCUGGUUUCUACAGAAGAACAAAAGAAAGGAUACUUUCAUUAUGAAUUUACACCUGCAAACCAAACCUAUGCUCAUUCUGUUUAUCAGCAGCUCCAGAAUUCUGAAAUUAAAACCUCUCCAUGGACAAUAACAGCGCAGGUUAAUAUUGGAUCGGUUAUACAAGACAGUGAUAAUACCCGGGAAACACAAGAAGAGCAGGAUAUUGAGAUGGAAGGAGUUACCUCUCAUGUCAAUGAAGGAGUUAUCUCGCCUGACAAUGCAGGAAUGACCUUGCCUGUUAUAAUCAUGCUAGAGGAUGAACCAGCACAUAAACUACCAAGACUUGAAAUACAACCUCUCACUCAAAUGGACCAUUCUCAAGUAACUUGUAUGACAGAAGAAAACUCACAGACAGAUAUACAACCUGAACAUUUGGAAAAGAUGAAAAUGAUAAAAGAUAAAUGUGAAAGUGGAGAAGAUGCUGAUGUUCAAGCUGAGAUGGAUUUCAUUUUGACUUCAAAUACAAGUGUGAUAGAAAUGUUGUGUAAAGAAGUGUGUGUUGCAGACAUGUCUGAGACUGCCAUGGCAACAGCUUGUAAUCAGAUACAACAGCUAGAUAGAAUGAUUUCUCAUAGUAACUGUACAGUUUUGUUGUCAGCUUUAUUACUGCAGAAGGUUAUAGAAAUGAACCAAAGUGCAUCAAGAAUGUUAACAGGAGUAGUUGCCAUGGUGACAGAAUCGUUUUCUAAACCUUUAAUUGAAGGAGUACUUGUUCCUGCUUUUGAAUAUCAUCAGUUUGGAAUAUAUCAAGCUGACCUUAUAAUUAAAGUAUGCAAGGAGAUAUUUAAUAAUACAGACAAGUUAUAUUUUCUGGAGCAGAUGUUGAAAAAGCCUAUAGAUAUUACAGAUAAUCAUAUUUCUGUUUUACAUGCUUUGUUUGAAGGCAAGGUAGACAUCAGUGAAAGCUUACUUUUGACAGUAUUGGAAACUUUUAAAAUAUAUGGAUGUAAGCUUGAGAAAAAUUUAAAGUUUGGAAAGUUAAUUGUUGCAUUGGUCAACAAAUAUGGUGCUCAGAUGAACAAAGACCAUAAAGAAAUUUUGACCCAAAUGGUGAUGUCUCACAAGUCAUUUCUGAAGAAAUCAAUACAAGCAGCUGUGAUUAAAUUAAAAUGAUAUAUAACCACAUAUAUUUUUUUAUGGAAUAUGUUCAAUUUACCUGAUAAUUAAAGGAUUUAUUGUGCAGGAAUAAUAAUGGUUUCUCUGAACUUUUGUAUCAAAUUCUAUCAUCAUUUAAGUCAAAUUAUCAAUGUAUUAAGUUGCAUUAGGGGUAAAAUAUAGUGAAAUGUUACGAUCAAUAUUUUUAGUUAUUAAUCUAAAGAAGGGCCAAUAAGUUUGUUGGAUCACCUUUUUUUGUAGUUGACCAUUUUUCUCUCAGUGUUUGGAUUAAAGACCAAUGACAAUGAUAAAAAUAUAAAAUAUUGAUGCAAGAUUA